CUACUACAGCAGGAGUACUACAGCAGGAGUACUACAGAAGAUCAGUUGCCAUGGUGAUAUACCGCAUUGUCGUGCACCAGGAACGUUUGUUUCUGUCCGGCGACGCCCACCGAACCGUCAUCCAACUGGUGGGAAGCAGAGGAGUCAGCGAGAGCGUUCGAUUGGCCGACACAUCUAUUUGUGGUUCCGUCAGGAAUCUGUGGUUCUGCUGCAGAACCAAAGAACUCAGAGCGGAAUACUCACUUCACUGUCCCAGAAGUCUCGGAACUCUCUUACUGGUGCGUCUGCAGACUCCGCCCACUUCAACCAGCUGCUGGUUUUGUUCAGAAGUUGUCGUGACAACGCCUGAGGGCGGAGUCUUGCUGUUUCCUUGCUACAGAUUUGUUGGUGGUGGCACGUCGCUGGCUCUGAGAGAUUCGAUUGCAAAGUUGGUUUUCCAAGAUGUCCGACCGGUAGAGCUGGAUCAGAGGAUGAAGGAGCUGACGUAUCGCCGUCAGACUUAUCGCUGGAGUUGCUAUGACGACUGUCUCCCGGAGACCAUGAUGGCCAAAGGCAUUUUCUCACUUCCUGCUGAGGUUCAGUUCUCCGCUUGCAAGGCCGCCGACAUGAUCCUGACAGUCGGUGAAGUACUUCUGGAACUCGGUCUGCAGCGCUUCCUGUGUUUCCAGCAGCGGUGGUCCAGUUUUCACCAGAUCCAUCAGCUCUGCCGGCGGACCAGGACACCAACCAGCGAGUUGGUGGAGCGUCUGUGGCAGGAGGACUGGUUCUUCGGAUACCAGUUCCUAAAUGGGGCCAACCCCACGCUGAUCCGCCGCUGCACCGAACUUCCACCCAACCUGGCCGUCACUGAGGAGAUGGUGGGGGCGUCGCUGGGGGGCGGAGCCAGCCUGAGUGAAGAGAUGGAGAGAGGAAACGUCUUCAUGGUGGAUUAUCGGCUGCUGGACGGUCUCACGGCCAACACCGUGAACGGGAAGCAGAACUACCUGACGGCCCCGCUCGCCCUGCUGCACCUGGACUCCAACAACCAACUGCUGCCCAUAGCCAUCCAGCUGCAGCAGUCUCCAGGUGAAACCAACCCUGUCUUUGUGCCUCAGGAUCUGGAAGCUGAUUGGCUGACGGCAAAAACGUUUGUUCGCUCUGCAGACUUCUCCGAUCACGAGCUGCGAUCUCACUUCCUGCGCACACAUGUGAUGUCAGAGCUUUUCGCCAUGGCAACACUUCGUAACUUUCCCACAGUGCAUCCUCUCUACAAGCUGCUGGCUCCUCACUUCCGCUUUACUCUGGAGAUUGAUGCUCUGGCUCGCCAGCUGCUUCUCUCUGAUGGAGGGUCGCUGAAAGAGUACACGGCGGUGGGCGGAGCUGCCACUCUGGAGUUUCUGAGGAGGGCGUUGGCCUCGCUCACCUAUCAGGACCUUUCUUUACCUGAUGACAUUAUUGGGCGUGGCAUGGAGUCAGUUCCUGGUUAUUAUUACCGUGACGACGGCCUGCGGCUGUGGGACAUCAUCCACCGGUAUGUGGAGGGGAUAGUCAGUUACUAUUACCAUGGUGACGAAGAUGUCAUCGGAGACUGGGAGCUGCAGAGCUGGAUCAAUGACAUCAUUGUGUUUGGUCACCUGGGAGAUAAAGAGAAAGGUUUCCCGAGAUCCUUCUCCAUGGCAUCGGAGCUGACAGACUUCGUUACCAUGGUAAUCUUCAACGCAUCAGCGCAGCAUGCAGCCGUCAAUGACACACAGCUGGAUUACUUCGGGUGGAUGCCCAACGCCCCCCUAGGCCUGCAGAGUCCUCCCCCGGCCUGCAAGGGGUGCUGCAGCAAAGACAGUUUGCUGGACAGUUUUCCUGACUUGACCUCCACCGUUCAUGGACUAGCCACCAUUUACCUGCUCAGCAAGAAGCCUGCGGACUUUGUUCCUCUAGGUGGCUCCACCGAGCAGCAUUUCACAGAGACUGUUCCUGUGGCAAUUGUAGCCCGUUUCCGUAGCGACCUGAAGCAUCUCAGCUGUGACAUCAGAGCGAGGAACGUGGACCUGAAGCUUCCCUAUGUCUACCUGGACCCGUCCACGGUGGAGGACAGCGUGACGCGCUGACGUGGAGUCACUGCUUUGCUAACGUGGAGUCUUCUCUCUAAUCCGGUUCUAGUUCUGGAGAGUUCCUCUUCUGUUCUCAUUCUACAGUUCAAUAAAUUUUAUUUUAUUUUC